AUGCAUAUCUAUGUUCGAAGAAUUAAAAUUCGCCUAGGACUAGAAAAAGAAUGCAGAAAGGAGAAGGGUGUGCCCCCUGAACAGAGUGAAAUUCUAAAGCCCAGCAUGGUUUGCACAGGAGCCUUUAGACUUUGCAUGCUUAAUUCCUUCAGUGAAUCAGUUGCAGUUUGGAUAUUUAAUCAUUCACGGUUUUACAAGCAGAUGUUCAACCAAAUCCUCCCGGACAGGAGGGUGUAUUACCUCUCUUUGGAAUUUUACAUGGGCAGAACCUUGCAGAACACCAUGAUCAACCUUGGCCUGCAAAAUGCCUGUGAUGAAGCCAUUUACCAGCUUGGACUAGAUAUGGAGGAGUUAGAAGAAAUUGAAGAAGAUGCUGGACUUGGCAAUGGAGGCCUUGGAAGGCUAGCUGCCUGUUUCUUGGACUCUAUGGCCACCCUGGGCCUUGCAGCCUAUGGUUACGGCAUCCGAUAUGAGUAUGGAAUCUUUAAUCAGAAGAUUCGAGAUGGAUGGCAGGUAGAAGAGGCAGAUGAUUGGCUCCGGCAUGGGAACCCUUGGGAGAAGGCCCGCCCAGAGUUCAUGCUGCCAGUGCACUUUUACGGCAGAGUGGAGCACACGCAGACCGGGACCAAGUGGAUUGACACCCAGGUGGUCCUGGCUCUGCCUUAUGACACUCCUGUGCCUGGGUAUAUGAAUAACACUGUGAACACCAUGCGCCUCUGGUCUGCUCGAGCACCAAAUGACUUUAACCUCAGCGACUUCAAUGUGGGAGACUACAUUCAGGCUGUGCUGGACCGAAACCUGGCAGAGAACAUCUCCCGUGUGCUCUACCCCAAUGAUAAUUUUUUUGAAGGGAAGGAGCUAAGACUGAAGCAGGAGUACUUUGUGGUGGCUGCAACCUUGCAGGAUGUGAUUCGGCGGUUCAAAGCCUCCAAAUUUGGCUCCAGUGAUGGUGUAGGAACCGUGUUUGAUGCCUUUCCAGACCAGGUGGCCAUCCAACUGAACGACACCCACCCGGCGCUAGCCAUUCCUGAGCUCAUGAGGGUCUUUGUGGAUAUUGAAAAAUUGCCCUGGUCCAAGGUCUGGAUAGCAUGGGAGAUAACCAAGAAGACCUUCGCCUAUACCAACCACACAGUGCUCCCAGAAGCCCUGGAGCGCUGGCCAGUGGAGCUGGUGGAGAAGUUGCUUCCUCGACAUUUGCAAAUCAUUUAUGAGAUAAAUCAGAAGCAUUUAGAUAGAAUCGUCGCUUUGUUUCCUAAAGAUGUCGACCGUAUAAGAAGGAUGUCCCUGAUAGAAGAAGAAGGAGGCAAAAGAAUCAACAUGGCCCAUCUCUGCAUUGUGGGCUGCCACGCUGUGAAUGGCGUGGCUAAGAUCCACUCAGACAUUGUGAAGACCAAAGUAUUCAAGGACUUUAGUGAGCUGGAACCAGACAAGUUUCAGAAUAAAACCAAUGGGAUCACUCCAAGGCGCUGGCUCUUACUCUGCAACCCGGGGCUGGCAGAGCUUAUAGCAGAGAAAAUUGGAGAAGACUAUGUGAAAGACCUGAGCCAGCUAGUGAAGCUGCAUAGCUUCUUGGGUGAUGACAUCUUCCUCCGGGAAAUCGCCAAUAUAAAGCAGGAGAAUAAGCUGAAGUUUUCUCAGUACCUGGAGAAGGAGUACAAAGUAAAGAUCAACCCAUCCUCCAUGUUUGAUGUCCAUGUGAAGAGGAUUCAUGAGUACAAGAGGCAGCUUCUGAACUGCCUGCACGUGAUCACCAUGUACAACCGCAUUAAGAAAGACCCAAAAAAGUUAUUCGUGCCCAGGACAGUUAUAAUUGGUGGUAAAGCUGCCCCAGGAUACCACAUGGCCAAAAUGAUCAUAAAGCUGAUCACUUCCGUGGCAGAGGUGGUGAACAAUGACCCCACGGUUGGCAGCAAGUUGAAAGUCAUCUUCUUGGAGAAUUACAGAGUAUCUCUUGCUGAGAAAGUCAUUCCAGCCACGGAUCUGUCGGAGCAGAUCUCCACUGCAGGCACUGAAGCCUCCGGAACAGGCAAUAUGAAGUUCAUGCUGAAUGGAGCACUGACCAUUGGGACCAUGGAUGGAGCCAAUGUGGAAAUGGCAGAAGAAGCUGGGGAAGAGAACCUGUUCAUCUUUGGCAUGAGGGUAGAUGAUGUGGCUGCUUUGGACAAGAAAGGGUACAAGGCAAAAGAAUAUUACGAGGCACUUCCUGAAUUGAAGCUGGUCAUUGAUCAAAUUGACAAUGGUUUCUUUUCUCCUGAGCAGCCUGACCUCUUCAAAGACAUCAUCGACAUGCUAUUUUAUCAUGACAGGUUUAAAGUAUUUGCAGAUUAUGAAGCCUAUGUCAAAUGUCAAGAGAAAGUCAGUCAGCUAUACAUGAACCAAAAAGCCUGGAACAGGAUGGUACUCAAAAACAUAGCUGCCUCGGGAAAAUUCUCCAGUGACCGGACAAUUAAGGAAUAUGCUAGGGAUAUCUGGAACAUGGAACCUUCAGAUCUAAAGAUUUCCUUGUCUGGUGAAGCCAGCAAUGGAGUGAGCAAGGCCAAUGGAAAUUGAAUUAUGAGCUGUCACUGGGGGGCGGGGGGGGAAGCUUUUAUUGAACUGGAAUAUUUUAAAUAAUAUUCAUUGAUUUUAUUUUGUUUAGUUAACUAAUGGUUAAGUAUCUCUGGGAAUGGGAAGGGGAAGAGUAUGGCUGUAUUUAGUACUGGA